AUAAAAUUUUAUCACAUGAUCAAUUUUUUUUAGUUGAAAAGAAAUGUCAUCAACAGUUGCUCCCAUUAGAAGAAAUUUGAAGAAUGUUAUUAAAAAUUAUAGUGACGCUCAAGUAAAAGUAAGAGAAGCCACGUCUAAUGAUCCAUGGGGUCCAUCUAGUUCAUUAAUGACAGACAUAGCUGACCUGACUUACAAUGUUGUGGCUUUUUCAGAAAUAAUGCAAAUGAUUUGGAAGAGACUGAAUGAUAGUGGUAAAAAUUGGAGACAUGUGUACAAAGCACUAUCCCUUUUAGAAUAUAUAAUAAAGACUGGAAAUGAAAAAGUUGCACAACAGUGUAAAGAAAACAUUUUUGCUAUUCAGACCUUAAAAGAUUUUCAAUAUAUUGAAGAAAAUAAAGACCAAGGAUUAAACGUGAGAGAAAAAGCAAAACAAAUAGUUGCUCUUUUAAAAGAUGAUGAACGUUUAAAGAAUGAAAGGACAAGGGCUUUAAAAGCUAAAGAAAGGUUUGCCCAAGGCACUUCUAUUAGUUUUCAGAUGAAAAAAGAUACAGAUACUCCAGAAGAUUUUAAAGAUGGUAAUACUGAAUGGGAAGCAGUACGACCUUCAAAUCAAGGUGAAGAAGAUUUACAAUUUCAAUUAGCAAUUGCUAUGAGUAAAGAAGAGGCUGAAAAUGAAAAGAAAAUACUAAGAGGAGAUGAUUUGCGCCUCCAAUUAGCACUUUCACAAAGUGAACAAGAAUUAAAAAAGAUAUCUAAUCCAUUAGAAAGUGAAAAUAAUGCUUUAAUAGAUUUAGAUUUUUUGGAUCCUCCACAAAAUUCUUACAAGAUGCCAAAAUUUGCUCAUGAAAAUAAUAGCAUAGAUCCAUGGUCAAUUCACAAUAUACCUAUCACUUUACCUGUCUUCUCAGGGGAUACUCAAGGAUUAAUAUCUUCAACAAAUAACUUGCCAUAUCAAUCGUCUUAUCACAGUAUGAUUGCAAAAGACAACUUUGCCCCUAACAAAACCCCAAAAUCCACAUCAGAUCUUAUCAAUUUAGAUAAUUUAUUUUCAUCAAGUUCCGCAGCCGAGAACAAACUAAACCCCUUUGCCAUCCCACCGAACUCUACAAACAGAUUAAAUCUUAAUAGCCUAGCUACUAGAUCGAAUCCUGGAAAAUCAGAUUUUAUUAAUUUCGAUAAAAUAAACAAUGUUGCCUCUCAGCUUCAAACUCCAAAUAUGAAUACCUCUUCUAAUAGUUUUAUAAAUUCAUCUCAAUAUGAAGUAUCACAUAUUAAAAACACCAAUGCUAAUAAUCCUUUCCUUUAAAUGUCACAAUUUAUCAAUUUAUUUUUCAUAUAUU